CAUUCCUACCACUCUUCUCUUCCUUUUUCGAUCGCUCGACCGGACAAUCGAGGAGAGUCAGUGCUCGACGACCUCGCGAAACGUUUAACCCACGGAUACGGGCGUUUCUCUUACUCAUAUAUCAUUAUUAUUAUUAUUAACUGUCUAUCUUGAUGAUGACUUUUUUCGGAUUUGUAUUAGUUUGUUUUAUCGAGAAAUGAACAAUCACAUUUGGAAGUUUUCUAAUAUCGGUGUGGGUUGAAGUAGUGAGAGAGCCAGCCACGCCGGUGGACAAGUGGAAACGUGCCACGUUGGUCAGACAUGGAUUUCUCUCAUGGAUGGUUGGUUGAUUGGUUGGUUGGGUUGAUGAUGAUGAUGAUGAUGAUGGGUUGUUCGAGGAAAAACCACAUGGACUUUCGAACGAAUCAAUUGAUUUCUAUUAUAUUGGUGGAAAUAAAUGAUAUGGUUUCUGUUUUCUUUUUUUCGGUUAUUAUUACGAUGACAAUGGGGGUGGGGUGGUUGAGAUUUUUGUUUCAUCGAUGUACCAAUUUUAAGUGGAAAUAUAAAUGCGUGUUCGGCCGGCGUUUGCUUGGAAGUAUUUCGGAAAAUGGAGAAAGCUGAAGAUGAAGAUGAAGAUGAAGAUGAAGAUGAAAGAAGAAUUGGAGCCGAGGGGCGUUCUUGACGUCGAAAUUCCUCGCUUGGAGGCAGUUAACCGUCUCGUAAAUCUCAGACUAUCUCACAUACGUGAAUAUAUAAUACGUUGAGAUAUAAAUUCGCAUUGGUAGUAACUAAAUAUCGUUGUUCAUGGUGAACAAGCAAUGUAUGUAUGUAUAUAUAGACGGUGACCCAUAGAAAAAAUGUAUCUAGGAAGAUCGUCAUUGUUCGUUUUUGAAAGGAGGUGGUGUCUCGAUCAAUCGUAUAAGAUAUAACUAACCCAACCCUAUCGUGAUCUUCUUAGAAUAUUGUUUUACGAUGUCAGUGGUGAAAUAUCGAGUACGAUGACGAUGAUGAUGGUGGUGUGCGCGAGAGUGCUCGAGUUAUUUUAUUCUUUACGAUAUACCGGCGUGAUGAGCAUGUUGUUGUGAGAGUAUCAACUACUCAAGAUGGAUGGAUACGUCAAUGGGAUAGAAGAGGGAACAAAAUUGCCGAGCAGAAUUUGAUUAUGCUGAUUUUUCUUAGCAAUGAAGGCCGAGGGUGGUGGUGGUGGUGGUGGUGUUGUUGGUGAUGGUGGUGGUGGCAGAGAGGUCUGGAAUGGUUCCGGGGAUGAAGCAGAGAAAAACGGUGGACAGAUAGAACACAUCUACCAACUAGCGAAACUACGUCAUCAUGCUAAUUCUGACACCAGCUUCAGUCGACAGAUGGUUGGCCGUAUUUUGGUAGAAAGUUUUCGAUCAGCUGCCAAUACCGAAACCAAGUUACCGAUUGAAGAGUACAUGACAUGUGUUCAUAAGAUAAGCGAUGAUCCAGAAAUUGCGAUUCGUUUAGAUUUGGUGGAUCAGUUGCCAUACGCUGCUAUGAUCGUCAGGGAAGCUCCCCAUUUAUUUGGCGAUGUACUUCACGAUGGCAUCCUUAGUAUUAUCAAAAAAUAUCUUCUAGAUGUUGACAGUCAAGUACGGCAAUCUGCGCAAGAAGCAUUGUUAGUUUUGAUCAAACACGGAAUGUUAGAAACGAAGAUUAUUGAGACCGAAAUCUGUCCAAUAGUAGAAGAAUUAUCCCGCAUGACAGUCGAAUACUUGAAUUCAGGAAUUUCUCUCAUGAGUAAAAUGGCACUGCUUAUUGGUAAAGAGCUCACAGAAAAGGUCUUCUUGGACAGAUACAUAGCUCUUUGUGAAGAUAAUAUAUUUCACGUUAGAAGGAUGUGCGUAUUACAUUUUGGAGAAAUGUGUACAGCGGUUGGAAAAAAAGCUCUUCUUCAAAAAUUGUUUCCAGUAUUUGUCCAAUUGUGCUUGGACAGGGUUUGGGGUGUCAGAAAAGCUUGCGUUGACGUAAUGAUGCCAGUUUCCUGUUGCGUAUCUUUUCCUUAUCGUCGAAUAUUAUUGGCGGAUAUUUUAGCAACCCAUCUAAACGACGAUUCCAAAUGGGUUAGAACAAGCGCCUUUCAAAUUCUUGGUCCUUUCAUAUCAACCUUUGCUAAACAAUUCACCGAUGUUACUUAUAAUCAAGACGGCGAGUUGGUGUUCACCAGUCAACAGGAUGAUAAUUUCAAUGCCGAAAAAAAUAACAGCGGUAACGAAAGUGAUCUUACUUCGAGCAUACGAUACUCCUACGAAGGAACGUUUCCCACAAAGUGUGCGAUACGUAAUCAAACAUUCGAUUCGGAAGAUUACGAUAUUAGAGAUGUAUUAGAUAUUAAUUGUUUGAUGGAAGUUUACGAGCAAACGCAAAAAAGUUCUAUGUUUAAUUAUCCUAUCAAAGCACACAAAAUGAAGGCGCAAAAAAAUCAAAUGACAGAAAACAAGAAAAGUGAGGAGGCAGACGAGACAGAAAAAUUCAAUACAUUUCUUUACUAUUAUAUACCACCUGAAAUACCUCUCGAUGAUCCCCUAGUCUUGGCCGCUCAAAAAUCAUCGGAAAAAAUCAAGGCGGCUAAUAACAAUAAUAAUAAUAAUAAUAAUACAAAUAUAGAAAAUAAAACUGAUUGUAAGAACAACACAGAUGCAACGAAUAGUUCAACGAUAGCCACGAAAAAGGUGGAUAGUUCGGAUAAAUGUAGUAGUAGUAGUAGUAGUAGUAGUAAUAAUAAUAGUAACAACGUUGAUAAUCGAACAAAUAAGAAAGAAGAGAAAGAAGAAAAAGAUGAUGAAAAUGAUAAUAAUUGUUCAGCGAUAUGGACCGCCGAUGACAGCACAACAGAUACCACCAUAAAUAUACCAAAAUUAUCAUUCGACAGGAGUAACGGUAAGGCGUAUACAUCUAAGAAAAAUCAAAAUAUCGUACCUCAAGAUAUCAUACCUCAAGAUAUCGUACCUCAAGAUAUCGUACCUCAAGAUAUCGUACCUCAAGAUCUAGUUGAUUAUUUUGUAUCGAUGGCCGAGCCUGAAUUAUGCGAAGAAGGAGAAAUCCCAUAUCACUGUGCCUUCAGUUUUCCCGCGGUUGCAUUCACGUUAGGUAAAGCCAAUUGGCAUUAUUUGAAGAAAGCUUAUCAAUCUUUAGCAGGUGCAAAACAAUGGAAGGUUAGACGUACAUUAGCAUCUAGCAUUCAUGAAAUAGCGAUAAUAUUAGGCGAAGAAAUUGCUGCCAAUGAUCUCGUGCCUAUUUACGAUGGCUUCAUUAAGGAUCUCGAUGAAGUUAGGAUCGGUGUUUUGAAGCAUCUAGCAACGUUUCUUAAAAUUCUUAAGCCUUCCUAUCGUUGGCACUACUUACCGAGGUUACAUAAUUUUCUUGUCACCGAUAACGAAUGGAAUUGGAGGUUUAGAAAGGAAUUUGCCAGUCAACUUCUCGAAGUGAUUACACUUUUCAAUGCCAACGACGUAGCUAAAUACAUCGCACCUUUGUCUUUGAAAUUACUCGUCGACAAAGUUGCUGCUGUUAGACAAAUUGCGCUUAUACUGGUAACUCGAAUAGUUUCUCAUCUUUCUACCGAUGAACCUCUUGCCAUGGCACUUAUACAAGAACUCAGAGAAACACUUGCGAUGAAUCCCGAUAAAUGGGUUCUCAGGCAAACCUAUGCUCUUCUCUGUGCCCAAUUGAUCAUUGGCCAUGCGAUUAGCGGUGAAAACUUUGUCAAGGAAAUGUUACCGAGUCUUGUAAAUCUAUCUUGGGAUAAAGUUCCGAAUGUAAGACUGGCCGUAGCUAGAACAUUAUCGCAGAACGUUAUUACUAUGGGUAUUGACUGGUUAGGUUGCGAUCAUGCAGAAAACGUAGAGAGAAGACUUAAGCAAAUGCGCUCGGAUAUCGAUCGAGACGUCAGAUUUUUAGCAGAAAUAGAAGAGCAUCAUCAUCACGUGCCGGAUGUACAAAUGGAACAAGCUAGAAAUAUAGUAUUUUAAUAUUUUUUGAUCUCUGUGGAUGAUAAAUAUUUUUUUCACUGUAUCGAGGAUAAAAAAACAAAAAACAAACUGUUAUAACACUAAUCUGUUGAUUGUACGUGCAUCGAUUCUUCCACGCAAUAUCCUUCGACCAAAGGGACGACCAGAAGAACUUUGAUUAAAUUUAAGAUUAAUUGAAUCGUCGAAUUAUAUUACAAGUACUCGUCAUCAUUCUACAAAGAGGAAGAAGAAGAAGAAGAACAUAAUGGAAAAGACAUGCGGGGAUUCCUGACACGGCUUCUUUCCGCAAUUUUAUUCUAAUUGCCACUGAGAAUUUCAAGAUAAACGUAUGAAUGAAGACCAAUUUGUGAAUGUGUGUGGAACGCGUGAAGAAUGUAUGCGUUUAACCAUUGUGAUCAUUUUGUUUUUUAUUUUUUAGUUUUCUUAAAUGUAUAAGUGGCUACUCAGACACAAGAGACACAGAUAUUACUAAUAGAUAGAUGCAUCGAGACGUUUUAUAGUUUUGCUAAAAAUGUAAUAUGAUGUGUACCUUUGGGUUACGAACCAUAGGUAGAACUGCAGAUGAAAAAAUACACUUAUGGUUAUAUUUUA